AUGGUUGUUCUUUGGAAUCAUUCUAUUAGAAAAUCCAUUGGUGUUGUUGUUCCUCGUGUGUCAGGGUGGGGAUUUCGUCAUAUUGUUCUUGGUUUUGGGGUUUGUCCUAUCACCAGUGACCCUAUGAUUGUCAAGAUUACAAUUGUUAGCAUGGAAAUGAGAAAUAGUAUUGGCGUCCAUUGGGCAGUUGAAGUUUAUACAUUAAGCACAGGUUGUUGGAGAAUUCCUACGAGCAAACUGCCUGAUAAACCGGUUACAGUUAGAUGGAAUCCGGUUGUUAUAGAUAAGUUUAUUUAUUGGUUUGCUUUUCAUGGGAUUGAGGAAUUUGUUAAAUAUGGGGUAGAUGCAAAUAAGCUGAUUUUGUCAUUUGAUAUGACUACUCAAGAAUUUACUCUGAUAGACUUACCAAACUGUUUUGCACAUCAAUCUUCUAUCGAAUUUUCCAUUUCUAAGUUAAAGGGGUCACUUGUGCUGCUUGAAUACAGUACAAACAAUGAGAAACAAGACUGUGUCAUAUGGGUGAUGAAUAAUGGUGUUCCGAACUUGUUUUCAAAGUUGUUUGCCAUUAACGCACCAUAUGCAUCUAUAAAGAUUUUGGGAUUUAUGAAGAAUGGUGGUCCCAUGAUGGAAACACAAGAUGAAUUUGGAGAACCAGCUGCAUUUGUAUUCUAUGAUCUUUGUUCAAAAGACUUCAAUCAUACUGCUAUUUACGCAAAAGGUGGUUCAUUUUUUGUUGACUCAUACAUGGAAACCCUGCUUUUGCUUGAUUACCCAGAUUCUAGUGUUUUUUCUAUCACUAGCUGA